AUUUUAAACUUAAAUUUGUCAACGAAUCUGUUAAUCAGUUGCUGGUACUUUCUAUAUUUGAUAAAAGAUUUUAAAUAAAAGUAUUCUUAUUGUAUAAGAAAUUUAAAAAAACUAUAAAAAAAUUAUUCUGUGAGAUAUAAAUUUUUAUUUAUAUCGAAUUGUGUAAAAUUGUGUUAAAAAGAUUUUUAAUUGUUUCAUAUAUUUUAAAGGUGCAUAUAUCAUUAUAAAUAAAGUAGUAAACAAAAUUAUGAUUCAAUAUUAUUCAAUGUAACAUCCGCUGUUAUAUUAGCAGUUAUAAUUUUUUAAAAAUGAUGGAUAAUUGUUGUGCUCCACAAUGGGCAGAUUUUACACAUAGUCCUCAAGUUCCUUCUGAUAGUUAUUUUGAAGUAGAACAUGAGGUGCACAAACCGCAAAUAUAUUUAAAAUCUACUACAUAUUCAAAUUCAUCUUUAUCAUAUCUAAAUGAAAAUAAAAAUGAUCAAUCAAUAACAGAAGUGAAAUUUGAUGAUAGUUUAGAAACAGAAUCUUCUGCACGUAAUAGUGUAGCAUAUUUUAUACCAUAUGACAAUAAAAAGCAUUCAAUAGGAAAAAAGAAUGAAAAUGAGUCAAAGAAAUCUCUAAAAAAUUUCACUCUAGAUGAAAGAUCUAAUAAGAUUCAUCAGACAUGGAAUAUACCAAUAACUGAACUAACUUCUGCAUUUAAAGUAAUAAAAUCUAAACAUACAGCUACAACUAUACCUGAGAAAAUUAAGAAAAAUAUCUAUUUGUCAGAACCUAAACAUAUUAUUCAUAAAUCAAAAGAUGUUCAGAAUAAUGAUAUAAUGAAAAAAAAUAAUUCACAAAUUAAUUUUACAAAAAUUGAAGAAAAACCAAUGAAAUCAAAAAUUGAGGAAAAACCAAUGAAAUCAAAAAUUGAAGAAAAACCAAUGAAAUUAAAAAUUGAAAAAAAUAUAUUUCCAAAAAAACAAUCCAAUACAUGUAUGAAACGAUGUUCAUUAGGCAAAUCACAACCUAGAGUACUUACUUGUCAGUAUCGAAGAACAAGCUUAAUAAAAUGUCGUAAGCGUUCAAAUCAAUUUGUAAGUCUUGCAGAAGCAAUUCUCAAAUUUCAAAAUGGAACACCACAGAGAUUUCGCACAUUGAGUAACAAAGAUUUAAAACCUAGUCAAUUGAUGAAAUUAAAACGAUCUCCCUUGAAACUUACUUAUCCAAUUUCUCCUGCAUUAAGAUGUAAGCAGAGAAUAAGACAAACUAAAAUAUUAAAUCCAGAAAAACGAGAAAUGUUAAUGCUUGAAGAAAUGAAGAAAUAUAAAAUCAAAGCAAAUCCUGUACCAGUUAAUAUUUUAAAAAAUUCAUCAAUAUUGAAAAAAGUAGACAAAAAAUCAGCCACAAUUACAGAAAAAGUUACAGAAAAAUUUAAUCAAGAUCAAUCAAAGAAAACUCGGCAUACGACAAAUUCUCAAUUGAAUUUGCAAGAACAGAAAAAAAUUGUACCUAUUGUUCGUUCCAUGAGUGCUUCAAAUAUUGUUAAAAAAGAAAAUACUUGUAUAGAAUCUACUGUAGAAAGUACAAAGCUUAAAAGAUUAAAUUUCGAAACUCGCAAUAAAGAGUUUCAAAAGAAAAAAGAAGAAAAAUUGAAAAACUUACAGAUUCAAGAAACAAAUAGCAUUAAAACAGAAUUUCAUGCAAAACCUGCACCCAAAUUUUUAAAGUCAACAAAUCCAAUAAAAGAACAAAACACAAAAAAGAGAAUAGUAGUCCCAUGUCCAUUUAGUUUUGAAGAAAGGAACAAAUCUCUUGCUAAUAAAAAGAAAGAACUUGUUAAACAGUUGCAGGAACAGAAUCAAAAAUCUAGAGUAUUCCAUGCCAAUCCUGUUCCAAAUUUUAAACCUGUUGUGAUUCAUGGUUUAUCUAAAGAAAACUUACAUAGCAAGGAAAAAUAUAAUUCCAAGCAACUUGAAGAAAAACAAACAAAGAAUUGCAAUGAUCAAGAAAACAAACAACCCAAUAUUAUGAAUGUUACAAUAGAUUGCAUAGAUACAAAAAAAAAACAAAUAAAACAACAUGUAAAUCAUCAGAUAAAACCUAUUAUUAAAAAUGAAAAAUCAAAUAAUAAUCAAAAAAAAACAAAUAAGUUUGAAUUGAAUGAAAAAAAAGAAACUCAAGAAAGAAAUGAGUUUGAUAAAAAGAUAAGCAAGAAAAAAGAAGAAUUAAAAGCAAAAAAAUUAGAAGAAGAAAAAAAUAAAUUGUUGAAAGAAAAAUUGGAAAGAGCAGAACUGCGCAAAAUGGCAGAAGUGAAAGCUAGACCAAUGCCAGUGUAUAAAUCUUUAAUUGUUGCAAAAUCAACCAAGCUUCCAACCAAUCCACAAACUCCUGCAAGAAUCAAAACAAAAAGUGUUUCUUAAUUUUAAUCUUGAUCUACAUUAUACAAUUUAAUUACAUAUGGAAUAUAUAGAAGUAACAAACUAUGAUAUGUUAGAUAAUAUUUCUUUAAGAUGUAACAAGUAUUUAAACUUACUCGCGCGCACACGCGCAUAUACAGUAUCAUAAUAAAGUAACUUCUUUUUAGAAAAUGGUGCAAUUGAAUUUUAGAUCUUAAUGAAAUAUAAAAAAUAUUUCUCUGUUUCCUAUAAUUUUUAAAAUUAAAAAUUUAUCCUUUCUUAAAAGAUUUUUAAAAAUGAUUUGUUAAAAAUUAAAAAUGAAUUAGAAAUAUUGAUAUUUCAAAUUAUUAAACUAAAUAUUAAAUGAUUUUUUUUUCUAUUUGAUUCACUAUUUUUUUUAAAUAUAUCCUCACUGACAAGAUCAUAAAUAAUUGUUUUAAUACUUUUUUCUUGUAUCACAUAUAAAAUAUAUAUAAUAAAUUUGUAUACCAAGAAUAUUAUAUAGCUUCAACAACAUAGUUUAAUUUAUUUCGAAUGUACAAAGACCACACUAUCAUACAUCUACUUUCUUUUAUUUCACAUCAGUCCGAGGAGUAAAAAAUAUCAGUUUUGGAGACAAUUCAAUUGAUUAAAAAUGCUAUGAUUAAAAAAUUGAAUACCAUCAUUGAAUCAGGCAAUAUAAUUAGCAGCAAUAUUUUUUUUUUAUCAGUGUAAUGUGCCAAUGAAAUAGUUUUAUCUUUAUCAUCCUAUUAGGUAUAUAAAUUCUAAUAUUUUUUUUUCAGUUAUAAGUAUGAUAUAAAAAAUUAAAAACAUUUAUAUAAUAGUAAACGGUCACAGUAGAAAAUGAAUAUUGUAGACUGGUUGCUUCCAUUCGAAAUGCUAGCUUUAACUAUAACACGUUUCUCGUAGGAGUUAUAAAUAUUUUGUAUCUUUAGAAAUAUCAUUUAUAAAUUAUUCGAUGUAACACAAAAAUUACACUCAUCGACGUACGCAAUGUCUUGACCCGUAUAUCAUAAACUAGUGAAGAAUUGUAAUAUGAUUAAUCAUUUUUAAUUAUUAUCAAUGUUGCUCUAAUGAGCAAAAACUGAAGUAACAUAAAAGAUUGUGCCUCAAAAAAUAAAGGCAAAAAGAAUAUUGAAUUCCAUUUAUAA